AUGGCACUCCUCCAGACUUCACUGAUAUGGAUUGUAUAUGCAGUUGUAAUUGCAAUCCUACUGGCGAUAGCCUCGGUGUUUAUCUAUGUCUACCAAACACCUCGUGAUCGCUCUUCAUCAGUAACUCUGACUUGCACUAUUGCCAUUACCAGUCUCCUGGCAACUGUGCUUCUGCUCCCCGUGGAUGUCGCACUCGUAUCAUCAACCACGUCAUCCCGCCUGGGCCGGCGCAAGGACUGGGCCACCCAAGAUACUGUUGAUAACAUCACUUUCUCACUGACAAUCAUCUACUACAUAUUGUACUCACUGGAUGCCCUGCUCUGCCUCUUGGUGAUCCCUUUCACCUACUUCUGGUACGAGGAAUACGAUGAGGUAGCCAGUGAAACAGGAGAGCAAACCGUGGGACAGCGGCUCUGGGGGUCCUUCAAGUAUACCCUGUCAUUUAUUGCGAUUGUUGUAAUUCUAUUCCUGGUUGGCUUUUUUGUCCCCGUUUCCAAGGACAAGGUCGGUAUGGACUUGGAUUACUUCAAACGCCUGCUGACAGAGAAUCGUAAGUCGUGCGGCCUAUUGACUCCUCCGAGCUAUGAGACUAAUAGCAGCACAGAUGGUGAGCGUGCUCUGACAUUUGCUCUUGGCCUUCUGAUGACCCUUGGUAUCUGCCUUUACGUCUUGUAUACUUCUGUGGGGCUUGCUCUAUUCCCCAUUAGCUUGAUCAAGACUGCACCAUCAAUCUCUAGCCCCACGCUGCGAGCUUCCACUGCUCGCCAACUGGAAGCCAAUCAAGAGCGACAGAGGCAGCUAGAAGGUCGUUGUGGGGGAAACCCUGAGCUUCUAUCGUCCAAGGAUCGCAGAGAAUUAGAUACGCUCACACGAGAGGAGAGAACAUUGAUUAGGCGCCAACGUCUUGUUGAUGAGGCUCAGGGGGAAGGUCGGAGUUGGUUGAUACGAGCAUGGUUUAAGAUUGAGGCAAUAUUUCGCCCCUUCAAACUGCUGGGAGGCCUGCUACUCCUGUUGAUUGCCUUUGUCACAUGGGUGUCUAUGCUGCUGACAGCUAUCGACAAGGCAAAGAAUUCAGUUUGCAAGCACCGUUGUGGAUAUAUUCUGGGGCAUAUCAAUGUCUUCAACCCGGUCAAUUGGGCCCUUGUUCAAUCUGCCAAAGUAUUUCCAGUUGAUUAUGCCAUAUUUCUUCUUCUUGUGCUGCUGCUGUUCUGCAGCUCAGUUGCCGGCAUCUCUGUGGUGGGAAUUCGCUUCCUUUGGAUUCGAAUUUUCCAGAUUCGAAAAGGCCACACGUCGCCUCAAGCUCUCCUCUUGGCAACUGCAAUGUUGAUGGUGAUUAUCCUGGCAUUGAACUAUUCUAUUUCCAUGAUCGUCGCUCCACAAUACGCCACGUUUGGCCCACAGACUUUCUGCGAUCGUGCUCCGGGAACGCUGCUGGAACAGCCGGAUUGCACUAAUUACAAAGAUCUCAUCAAGCCAUGCUCUGAGCUAGCAGACAACCCUGCUGCACAGCAAGUGUGUACCCCCAGUGUUGUAAGCACUUUUCUCAACCGCGUCACUCUCAACUAUCCCUUUUUCGGUGUUGUGUUCUUUUGGGCCCAGUUCCUCUUCCUUGGUCUCUACCUUGUUGUAUUUGUGACAUCUCUAUUCCGAUCUCCAAGAUUGGAUGAGAGACAACUUGACGAAGAUGCCGAGGAAGCUGAAGAAGAGGGUCUCCUUGCCAACACAGGAAGACGCUUCAAUGCAACCUGGCAAGAUAUCACCGGCCGGGCUGACCGCCGGAAUUAA